AUGGCAACUGACUCUCGUGACACCGGCCAUGCUGUUUCCGCUUUGGCCACGGAGGCCCCUUCGGCGUUGAGCCAGCAGCAGCAGCAACCGUCACCUGCGUCCGACGGCAACGGCGCGACCGGCGUCCCAAUCUCAUACCCCCUCUCCGAUACCUUGUCCCCACGCCAGCAGCCUAAGGGCCAGACGAUUCACGUGCGCGAUUUAGCCCAUAUCCAGAGCCUCGCCAAGGCAGACCUUCUAUCUGGCAACGGUCCUGGGAUACUCAACGACCCGCCUCUGCAGGCGAUGAAGUACGAGAUUAGUGCCAUGCCCAUUGGCGACAUCAUCGAGAUGGUCGCUGCUCUACUCACCAAGAUCACAACCACCAACGAUUUGCAGCACGAUGCUAUGCAACGCAACGUCGCGCACCAGCAGCAGGCGAGCCAGAACAACGAGUCAGGAAACGGCUCGCAGAUGAGCCCUUUGAGCACGUCGGUGCUGGCGUUCCACGGCAAGAACAUCCCUGCCAUCACCAUUCUCAGCUACCUGUCCCGAAUCCACAAGUACUGUCCCACCACGUACGAAGUCUUUCUGAGCUUGUUGGUCUACUUUGACCGCAUGACGGAACGUGUCAACGAAAUGGUUGUCAAGCAUGAGGAGGCACGGAGAGUUUCCACUUCACAGCCAACACCCAAAACGCAGUCGGCCGAUGUGGAUAUGCGAGACGACGACGACGAGAGUGACUCGGACCUCGCGGACGACGACGAUAUGGACGAGAAGAGUACCAAGCCUACCGAGAGCACUGGGAGCAUCGUGCCUCAGCCCACACCUCCGGGCGCUCCCGCGACGUACUUCGUGGUUGACAGCUUCAACAUCCACCGACUGAUUAUCGCGGGAGUGACCUGCGCGAGUAAAUUCUUCUCAGAUGUCUUCUAUACUAAUUCCAGAUACGCUAAGGUCGGCGGACUUCCAUUGGCGGAACUGAACCAUCUCGAAUUGCAGUUUCUCCUUUUGAAUGACUUCCGGCUUGCAGUCCCCGUUGAGGACCUAGAGGCUUACGGCACCAUGUUGGUGGAGUUUUACGCACGGGAAGUGGUGGCACAGCGAUCACGUCCUGCUGUCGGCGGCGAUUCCUAA